UGGAGCAGUGGAAUAGAUAAUGUGCCCUUUCUCAGCCGUUCUUUCUCCUUCUCUCUCUCUUUCUUUGCUCACCUUUCCCUCAGCGUUGUGCCCUCUCGGCACUCUCGGUGCUGGGGAUUUGGUGGCUGGACAGACGGACAGGCAGGUUGGCUGAAAACUCAACUUUAAAUGUCAGACGGGACUGAGAAUGGUGAUGACAAACCAGAAGACACAGCGCCCCCAACUGAGGUGUGGCCAGAGGUGGAGCGUGCAGAACAUCUGGCACGAGGGGCGGCCUUGAAGUGGGCGUCAGGUGUGUUCUGUCGGCCGGAGCAUCUGGAGAGACUGAGCCAGUACAGGAAGAGAGAGAGCCAGAGGACUACAUCCAUACACUCCAGACUCAAGUCCGUGGUCCAGUCGUACCUGGAGGGGGUGGGCUGGGGGCUGGGGCAGCUUCGAGAAGCGAAAGCAGAGCUCAAGGAAGUGUCUCACGCCCUGCAGAAGGCAUGUAUAGAGUCCAGCCGAAAUGCUGAGGGGAUCAAGUCUCUUGAGACGCUGAGAGAGAUGUCGUUCAAUCACUGUCAGCUCCUCGCUGCUGUUAGCAACCUACCCCGGGUCUAUUCUGUGCGCAGCAUGGUGUCUGAGACGGAGCGCCUGGUGGAGUCUCGUCGGCUCCUUGAGGCCCACGCCCGCCUAAUGGAGUUAGAGCGUUGGCAGGAUGACAUCCUCUGGCAGCUUCAUGGAGGAGCGGGGCCCGCCAGAACGUCAGGAAAUGCCCUCAGUGCUGAGGAUGAGGAGCUGGUUACGGCCUACUUCUCUGGUGUUGGGCGGCUGGUGGAGGCUCUGGGGAAGGAGAUAUGGGCAGUGGUGAGCAGCGGUCUGGCUCUGGCCCGUCAGAACCCCACUCCUUUUGUAUCAGCGGUGCGGAUCGUGGAGCGGGAGGAGGCCCUGGACCGAGCCCUACUGGAAGAGAGAAGCGGAGCGGGCAUCCACACCCGACCACUGCCACCUGGAAGACCUCGUUGCUGGAGAGAACGCUUCUUCCAGGUGCUAGAUGAGGCAGUGUCUACACGAUUUCGUAGUUUGUCCUACCUACACACACGUGGACCUGGACUGGCGGGCCACCUGUCUGCCCUUCAGCACGGCAUCGUGGCCGACCUGGCUACCGUUCAGCAUUUGCUGGAACACUGUGUGCCGCCACAUUACCGUUUAACCGGCGCCUACCUGAGGGCCAGCCACCGCUGUCUUCAGCUUCACCUGGCACAGGUCAGCAGCUGGGAGCUGGAGAGUGGCGAAAUCUUUGCUGUGCUCAACUGGGUUCUCCAUAUCUACAACAGCCCAGAAAUGAUGGGCCAUCCGGAGCUGAUGGCUGAGAUGGAGAAGGAGAAGCUGGGUCCUCUGAUAUCUCUGGAGGGGCUGGAGCAGUUACAGAGCAAAUAUGUGCAGAGUGUCAGGAAAAGUGUAUCAGAGUGGAUGCACAAGGCUCUGGAGGUGGAGUUGACAGACUGGCAGAGAGAUCAGGAGCCAGACACCGAUCACGAGGGCUUCUACCAGACCAGCCUGCCCACUAUUAUAACACAGAUGCUGGAGGAGAAUGCCCGGGUGGCUCUGAUGAUUGGGGAAUCACUGCGAGACCAGACCAUACAGAUGGGUCUUUAUGAGAUGGAGAACCUCCUGAACAGGUUUCGAGAGGCUCUGGUCCAUUUUGGGAAAGAGCAUCGCAAGGAGCCAAGCAACAACAAAAACAAGUUCUACCUCCAUUAUCUCCUGGCUUCCAUCAGCAACUGCAUCAUCCUUAAAGCGUCCACCGAGAGCCUGCAGAAUCAGCAGUCCUCUCGGUCAGCGAGCCAGUUCUCUCGGACUCCACCCAACCCACUGGCAGCACUUGACCGCGCUGUGAGACGAGCGUGUCACCUGGUGAUGGAUCAGCUGUUGCUAGAACUUCAACCCUUCCUGCAAGGCUUCAUGACCCGCUCCUGGCUGGCCCACGGAGACCCCACCCCCAAGCUCUGCCAGGUGCUGGAGCGACACCUGGAGCUUUACAGCCGUGUACGCCCACCCUGUCGGCAGCGCCUUCAAGAGGAAUCCCAGUGGUUGACUGUAGUGGAGUAUGUCCGGGCUGUAAUGCAGAAGAGGCUGGUGUGCCGGAGCACUGAGGAAAGGAAGCAACUGGCACAGCGCAUGGUUCAAGAUGACCAGCAGUUCAGAGAGCUCUUUCAUAGCUUGGAAGGUGAGGGGUCAGCGCCUGAUGUGAACCCUGUUGCCUUACUACCCGUCCUGGCUGAUUUCAUCCGACUUAAAGACCCCAGCAUGCUCACUCUGGAGGUUUCUGGACUAGCUGCAAAGUACCCUGACAUCAGUGAGGAGCACGUGUCAGUGCUGUUGGAUAUACGGGGUGAUGUCUCCCGGGACAUGAGGGGGGCAGUAUUGGAUCUGCUGGAGCAAAGCGCCCCUCCCCUCCCUGCAGGAUAUAGACCUAUCUUUACAGACAUUUUAGUUCCUCCAUCCACUAUGACUUUCUGCCUGCCCCAUGCCAAGUGUGCAUGACUACAGUGACUAAAAUCUGGGAAUUGGGACAGAUUUCCAGUUUCUGUAAGGAUCAUCGACCGGGUUGAGGACUCCUUGGCCAUCUCUGGCACUCUUAUUUGGAAGAUUUGGAAAAUCUGGGCUGGAAAAUCAGCACUUACCAUCGGGCAAAUACUGGUAAAUAUUUAGUUUGAGCUGGCAAUAAAGUGAAGUCUACAUGCUACUUUGACAGUACAAAUUGUGUUCAAAUAGAGUC